AUGGAUAAUAAUCAGAAGGAACAGAAUUUUAAGAGGCGCAAGGUUGUUGAUGCCAAGUAUGCCGAGAAGAUUUGGAAGAAAUUGGAGCAUGCUAUCAAUGAAAUUUACAAUCACAAUGGUAGGCUUCUUAGUUACCAUGAGCUCCAGAGAGAUGCAUAUGAUAUGGUAUUGCACAACUUUGGCGAGAUGCUGUAUACAGGGGUAGAGUCCACUAUGACUAACCGCCUAAGGGAGAUUUCAAAACGUUUAGAAGAGGCCGAAGGUGAUUUGUUUCUGGAGGAAGUCUACAGAAAUUGGGUUAAGAAUAGGACAGUGUUGCUGGUGAUCCAUGACAUUCUGAGGUACAUGGACAGGACUUAUAUUCCAGAUAACCAUAAAACUCCUGUACGUGAGCUUGGCAUGGACCUUUGGAGGGACAUCGUUUUACAGUCCCCUAAAAUUAAGACCAGGCUUUUGGAUACGCCAGGCUUAGUGAAUAUGCUUAUGGAUGACAAGCUUGAGGACCUGGGAAGAAUGUAUAAUUUGUUUCGCGGGGUUCCUGAUGGUCUUUCAACGAUGGAGGCCGUGAUGACUUCUCACCUCAGAGAAACCGGUGAACAGCUUGUUACUGAUAUGGAAAGGUCAAGAAAUCCUGUCAAGUUUGUUAAGUUCCUCUUGGAUGUCAAGGAGAAAUAUGAUCAAAUAAUAUAUCUGGCAUUUUGCGAUGAUAAGACAUUUCAAAAUGGUUUUGAUUCGUCGUUUGAAAGCAUCUUUAAUCUGAAUCCUCACACCGCUAAAUUCAUCUCUUUGUUUUUGGAUUAUACAUUGAGGAAAGGUCUGAAGGCAGUCAGUGAGGAGAAUGUUGAGGCUGCUCUUAACAAGAUAGUGGUGCUCCUCCGUUACUUAAAGGAGAAAGAUGUUUUUGAGAAAUACUAUAAGCAACACUUAGCUCAACGGCUGUUGUCAGCAAAAACUGUUUCUUACAAUGCUGAGAGAAGUCUGAUUGUUAUGCUAAAGACUGAAUGUGGAUAUCAGUUCACUUUAAAAGCAGAAAGAAUGCUCGCGGACAUGAUAACCUCUCAAGAACCAAUGCUGGGGUUCUAUUGGGCCCAUGAUGCUGAGCUGGUAGACAGCCCUACAUUGGUAGUCCAAGUUCUGACCACAGGGUCAUGGCCUCCCCAGCCCACUGUCACUUGCAACCUGCCAGCUGAAAUGUCAGCUCUCUGUAAGAAGUUCCGCUCUUAUUAUCUAGGAAUUCAUGCAGGCCGUAGAUUGUCUUGGCAAACUAACAUGGGCACAGCUGUCUUGAAGGCAAUCUUUGGGAAGGGGCAAGAGCAUCAGUUGACUGUAUCCACUUAUCAGAUGUGUGUCCUCAUGAUGUUCAAUAAUGCUGAUCAGUAUAGCUAUAGAGAGAUCCAGGAGGCUACAGAGAUCCCUCCAUCAGACUUGAAGAGGAGCCUGCACUCCUUGGCUUGUGUCGAGGGAAAGAAUGUACUGAAAAAAGAUCCGGAGACCAAGGAUGUCAGUGAGGGGGAUUUAUUUUCCGUGAAUGAAAAUUUCACUGGCAAAAGUUACAAACUAACUAUAAGAACUGUUUCAGCUGAAAAGGAAUCUGAUCCUAAGAAAGUAGAGAUAAGGCAGAUAGUGGAGAAUAACCGAAAGCAUCAUAUUGAUGCUGCAAUAGUACGAAUAAUGAAAUCAAGGCGAGUGCUGGAUCAUACUGAUAUCAUCGCGGAGGUCACAGAGCAUCUGCAGCCAAGAUUCCUGGCAGACCCUAUAGUGAUUGGAAGAAGAAUUGAGAGUUUGAUUGAGCGUGAAUAUUUGGAAAGGGAUGGCACUCAAAGAAACUUGUACCGAUAUCUUGCCUGAGUCUGCAACUUUAGGAUAUUACCAGAUAUCUUGAACUCAUCUUUAUUUACUGUUGGAGUAUAGUACUCUGAAUAUAUUUCCUUUUAAACCAUAAAUUUGUCUUUUUUUGAAUAUUUGCGAUCUGUAAAGGAUAAAUGCUUGCUUAUU